AUAAAAUGUCAAGCAAAGGCACUGUAGUUCUUGCCUACAGUGGAGGCCUGGACACAUCCUGUAUCCUGGUGUGGCUGAAGGAACAAGGCUAUGAUGUUAUUGCCUACCUGGCCAACAUUGGACAGAAGGAGGACUUUGACGAGGCCAGGAAGAAGGCAUUGAAGCUUGGAGCCAAAAAGGUUUUCAUCGAGGAUGUCAGUAAGGAAUUUGUGGAGGAGUUCAUCUGGCCAGCUGUCCAGUCCAGUGCCCUUUAUGAAGAUCGUUACCUCCUGGGCACCUCCCUUGCCAGACCUUGCAUUGCUCGCAAACAGGUGGAAAUCGCCCGCCGGGAGGGGGCUAAGUACGUGUCCCAUGGAGCUACAGGAAAGGGGAAUGACCAGAUCCGGUUUGAGCUCACCUGCUACUCCUUGGCCCCUCAGAUUAAGGUCAUCGCUCCCUGGAGGAUGCCUGAAUUCUAUAAUAGGUUCAAAGGACGCAAUGACCUGAUGGAGUACGCCAAGCAACAUGGAAUCCCAGUACCAGUCACCCCCAAGAACCCAUGGAGCAUGGAUGAGAACCUUAUGCACAUCAGCUAUGAGGCCGGAAUUCUGGAGAACCCCAAGAACCAAGCACCUCCUGGCCUCUACACAAAGACCCAGGACCCCACAAAGGCUCCCAACAGCCCAGAUGUCUUAGAGAUUCAGUUCAAGAAAGGUGUUCCCGUGCAGGUGACCAAUGUUAAGGAUGGCACAUGCCACCGUACAGCCUUGGAGCUCUUUCUCUACCUGAAUGAAAUUGCGGGCAAGCACGGGGUCGGCCGAAUUGACAUUGUGGAGAACCGCUUCAUUGGGAUGAAGUCCAGAGGUAUCUACGAGACCCCAGCGGGAACGAUCCUCUACCAUGCUCAUUUAGACAUUGAGGCUUUCACCAUGGAUCGAGAAGUGCGUAAAAUCAAACAGGGCCUAGGCUUGAAAUUCUCCGAAUUGGUGUACAAUGGUUUCUGGCACAGUCCAGAGUGUGAAUUUAUCCGCCACUGCAUUGCCAAGUCCCAGGAAGGGGUUGAGGGAAAAGUCCAAGUGUCUGUCUUCAAGGGCCAGGUCUACAUUCUCGGCCGAGAGUCUCCCCUGUCACUGUACAAUGAAGAACUGGUGAGCAUGAAUGUGCAGGGUGACUAUGAGCCCUUGGAUGCCACUGGCUUCAUCAACAUCAACUCCCUCAGGCUAAAGGAAUAUCAUCGUCUGCAGAGCAAGGUCACCGCCAAAUAGACUAAGCAGCCGUCAAUAAUGUGGAGCAGUUCUCAGUGUCGCUGCUGAUUUCCCCAUGUAAUGGCACUGAAUGUCCUGGCAUUUUGUGAUUGUUGCUUACUCUCCUGGGCUGCAGCUCAGCCAUGCUUUGUUUCAUAUCCCUGUAGCAGACAGAAGUGGUCUGCAGGGGGGUGGGGGAGGAUGGAAUAGAAAAUACAACCAUAAUAAUAAUAAUAAUACCAUAAUAAUAAUAAAAGGCUACCAUCAA